GAGUGAAGAGGUGGCCCGGAGCGAGGGAAUGGCGGCAGCCGGGCUCAGCGUAACCGUCACCCACAGCAAUGAGAAGCACGAUCUUCAAGUUAUCCCGCAAGAGGGCUGUAGUGAACCAAUUGUCCAAAACCUGGCCCAGGUUGUUGAAAAGGCCACAGGGGUCCCGCUGCCUUUUCAGAAACUCAUAUUUAAGGGAAAAUCUCUGAAGGAAAUGGAGACGCCAUUGUCAGCACUUGGAAUACAAAAUGGUUGCCGGGUCACGUUAAUUGGGAAAAAGGACAGUCCAGAUGAAGAAGUUGAAAUAAAGAAGUUGAAAGAUUUGGAGAAGUCUGUGGAGAAGAUAGCUGACCAACUGGAAGAGUUGAGUAAAGAGCUUACUGGAAUCCAGCAGGGUUUUCUGGCCAAGGAUUUGCAAGCUGAAGCUCUCUGCAAACUCGACAGGAGAGUAAAAGCCACAAUCGAGCAGUUUAUGAAGAUCUUGGAAGAGAUUGACACACUAGUUCUGCCAGAAAAUUUCAAAGACAGUCGAAUGAAAAGGAAGGGUUUGGUGAACAAGAUUCAGGCGUUCCUAAGCUGCAUGUGA